GCUCUGUAUUUUCUCAACACUUCCCCCUAUCCUAGAACUACUGUCAACCUGGACUUUCUGACCACACCCGCAGAAGUAUCUCCUGGAUGUUAACAGCAUGGCUGUGUUUGAGAACUGCUCUGUGCUGUUUGAGCUGAAAACAUUGCCUUACAAGGAGAAGAAGGAGCUGAAAUCAGCAAUAACAGAGAAUGGAGGCAACAUUUCCUUUGUUGUCAAUAAAAAGUGCUCUCUGAUAGUGACCAAUGAUGUAUCCAACCUGAGCUCCAACAGGCUGCAUAGCAUCCAGAAAUACCAAACGCCUGUGGUCGGGGUGGAAUAUGUGAACAGCUGUCUGGAGAAGGGACUUCUUCUGCCUGUGGAUGAAUACAAGCAGGACAUUUCCUCUCCCUCUGUGUUCUCUCCUCCUCUUCCCCCCUCCUCACCAAGGCGUAGUCCAAUCUCACAUCAAGUGUCCAAAGUACCAUCGAGCAACAGCGAGCUCUCUAAGAGGGAAGAGACUUCAGGGAAAAGCAGAAACAUCUUGGAAAAGUUCAGAAUUUAUACUGAAACUGAUACGACUCUUCCAAAGUACCCGGAUCAUUUUCAAGUGGCAAAGUAUUCAAUCUUUGAAAAGAUAAACAGCAGGACGUGGUGUGUGCUGGAGCUUCAGAGUUACAGAGGAGAGACAGGAUGCCGGUACCGGGUAGUCAGGUACUGGAAGGACGAUAUCGAAGCCAAGAAGGCGGCAGUGAGGGAUAUGCUGGUGCACCUGUCCACCUCAGAGGAAGCUCUGGAGGUCUACAAGACCCUGAGAGAGACCCUGCAGGCUGAGGGUCUGCAGCUGAGGAACAACACCCGCCCACAGGCCCCAGACCUCGGCUCCGACCCCCUCCGGCUGCUGCUGCUGGAGGAGCAGCUGAACACAGGAAGCUUAUCACAGGAAGUGGGAGUGUUUGUGGAGCUGCUGUGGACCGAGGCCCUGGGCUGCCUCGGCAACAUCCUCACAGUCCCCAUCAACAAGCUCAGCCUCAACGAUGUGAGCAGGGUGGAGGGCUUGUUGCUCCAGGCUCAGAGGAAGCUGAAGGAGUCAGAUUAUAAUGAGGUUGCGUCUCUUAUUGAUGAGGUUUACACCCUGCUGCCGCACAAAGAGCCACGCCCCUUUCCUCCCACUGCCAAGUUCAUCUCUCAGAAACUGGAUCUCUGUCAGGCACACAGCGGUGGAGCGAAGAGGCUGUGUCAGACAUCAGGCCACUGCCAGGAGCCCCACGACCCCCCCAUACCCAGACUCAUCCAGCCCGGCAGCUACCGAGGUUAA